CCCUGACUCUGUUAAUAAAAGCAGAAGAGUCAUCCAACUCAGGAUAAGCAUAGAAAGGAUGAAUGGCGUUCGGAAACACCACCAGCUCUGCUUUUAAUAACUCAGGAUAAGCAUAUAUGUUCCUUCAAUCCCUCGUAGUACCUCUUCUGCCAAUCCUGCAAUGGAUCAAAUCCCCCAACAACCACAAUCGUCGCCGGAAAAUCCACCCCCGAAAUAUCCAUCGCCUUCGGCCCGAACACAUUCACCACCGGGUGGUCCCGAUCCGACCCCUCCGGCAAAAAACGCCUUCCGCAUCCAUUCCGUCCGCUCUAUGUUCACCAGCGGUUUCUUAGAAGAUGCUGUUUUUGAGGAUCCUACCUUGUCAUCAGCUCAAAUUUCUGAUUCAUAUAAUGGUGCAAAUGAUGGAUCACAUGAUCAACUGAAUGGCAUUGAUGAUAAGGAAAUGGGGCAACAUGUUGAUGUUGCUGAUGUGCAGUCUGAACCAAGUUCUGCUUCAGUUGCACCGAUUGAUGUUAGGAAUGAGAUUGCUGAGGAAGUAACUGCAAAUGUAGGUGAUCUGAAGCUAACAGAUGAUGAUUCUGCUAAUCAGUCGACUGGGGAGGAUCAACAUCCUCUUUCUGCCGAGGGUGUGGACAUGCUUUUGGAAAAAUGCCUUUUGCAAGCAUUGCAUACAACUGUCAAAGACAAAGACCUUCCCAUGCCCGGAAGCACUCUAUGGUCAAACUAUGUUUUACCUUGUAGGCCUUCAGGCAUCACACUAGACAUCAAGAAAUCAUCACACAAGAAAUUAUCAAAGUGGUUACAAGCUAAAUGUUCUACAGGAUUGAUUAGAGUGAAGGAAGAUAAAUAUAAGAAGGAGUCUGUAUUACUUUCUAUUGACCGCAGCCAUCCAGAUUACUCAUCUUUCAAGCCAGAGAAACAACAAGUUGAAGAAGCUGCAUGUUCAAACUGGUGUUCCUGCUGUGCUGACACAGGUGAGCUCUACAGUGCUUCGGAUGCCACUGACAUUGUGUUUAAAUAUGUUGAAAAGGAAAACUUGGUUAAGCCGACAGAUAAAUCCAUUGUGAUUUUGGAUGCGAUAUUGUGUGAUGCACUGUUCAAGGGGGCCAUAAAGAAAGGUUCAACGUUGAUGCGGGAAGCGUGA